UUGGAAAAAGUUGCACAGAGGGAAUUAUCAACCAAUUGUCAUCCAUUGAAUAAGGAAGACUUGGACCCUCCCUUCUCUGCCCCCACCUCCUUCAGCUGUGCACACCUGCUUUGCUUUGGCUGAACACGUUUUUAGUGCAAUUACACUCCGGCCUUGAGAGCUGCACUACAGAAGCCCCCACCCCCACAACCCCCUGGAUUUGGGAGAAAAAUACUCAAAACAGGUCUUUUGAAAGUGUGUUGACUAGAAGACCAGAAAGAUGAAACUGGCCAUACUACUUCUGCUAUUGGCCACAGCCUGCUGUGCAAAACCUUUUUUCCAAUCAGGCAUAUUUGAUUUUAUGAUGGAUGAAGGUUCUGGUUUUCCUACUGAUCCAGUGAUUGAGACUACUGUAAAAACGCCCCACACUUUGGAACCUGAACUUCCUCUUCCUCCAGAACUUGUCUGUCCAUUUAGAUGUCAAUGCCAUCUGCGAGUCAUCCAGUGUUCUGAUUUAGGUUUAAUCCAUGUGCCUGAUAAGAUUCCAACAGACACUACACUUCUAGACCUACAGAACAACAAAAUCACAGAGAUCAGAGAGAAUGAUUUUAAGGAAUUAAAGAUUCUUCAUGCUCUUAUCCUUGUAAACAACAAAAUCACAAUCAUCCAUCCAAAAGCCUUCAUUCCUCUGGGAAAGCUGCAGAGACUCUAUUUGUCAAAGAACAUGUUGAAAGAAAUGCCAGUCAACAUGCCUAAAAGCCUGCAAGAGUUGCGAGUUCAUGAGAACGAUAUCUCUAAAAUCAAGAAAUCGUCCUUUGAAGGAAUGGCCCACGUCAUUGUUAUGGAACUGGGCUCAAACCCACUCAAGAGUGCAGGAAUUGACAGUGGAGCAUUUCUGGAUCUUAAAAGACUGUCUUACAUCCGUAUUUCUGAUACCAACAUUACUGCAAUUCCCAAAGGUCUUCCAAGCUCUUUGUCUGAACUCCAUCUUGAUGGCAACAAAAUUUCUAAAGUAGAUGCUGAUAAUCUUAAGGGUCUCAACAAUCUGGCUAAGCUGGGUCUGAGCUACAAUCAAAUAGGCUCCGUGGAGAAUGAAACCCUUACCAAUGUUCCUCACUUGAGAGAACUGCAUCUGGAUAACAAUCUACUUACAGGCGUCCCUCCAGGUCUGCCAGAGCACAAGUACAUACAGGUGGUCUACCUUCACAACAACAAGAUUGCUGCAGUGGGCACGGAAGACUUCUGCCCUCCCAGCUACAACACAAAGAAGGCAAUGUAUUCUGGAAUCAGCCUUUUCAGCAAUCCAGUGCCAUAUUGGGAAGUGCAGCCCAUCACCUUCCGCUGUGUCUUUGAUCGCUCUGCCAUUCAGCUAGGAAAUUACAGGAAAAAAUAAAUCAUUAAAGAGUUAAGCUCACUCCCCACCCCUACCUGCUCUCCCAGUGAGACAGAACAAAAAAUGAAAGACUGACCAUUUGUACUAUAUAGAUCAAAUUGCUGAAAUCUGGUUUAUUUUGAUUUAAGAAAAGGGUAUAAAAAUUUAUUAUAAAUAAGGCAAAUUAAUGUCUCAAUUCACAGACAGAGUUAAGCUUUCAAUAGAAUUCCUGCUGCAUUUAAUUGGUAGCUGAUGGUACCCUGUAUAAUUGCAUUAGGAUUUUUAUACCUGUGUAGUGAUGGAUUAUGUGUACACCUUUGUUUGCAUACUGUUGUUUUUUUUAACUCUGUGGAAGGUAGAGAGCACUUCAUCCUGUUCCUUUUGAGUAUGUCUUUUGCAAGCCUGCUUCUUUGUGGGGUUUUCUGUGUUUAGUUUUCCACAAUGUUUAGCACCUGUUUUUUUAAUGACCACUGUAAUGUCCCCUUUGAAACCAGAAUGCAGAAUGAAUCAUGGUUGUCACAGCUUAGAAUAAUGGAAUAAACAACACAAUGUAUGUAUACGGCAAUGCUGUCAUGGAGGCUAUCGGCAUGGCUUUUACGGUAUAUUUUGCUGAUCUUCAUUGAAAUGUAAAUGAGAGAAUAUAUCUUAAAGCUGUUUAGUAAAA